AUGUCCUUUAUCUGUACGCGAGUCCAGCAAUUUUCCCCGUCAAAAGCCGGAUUGACUUUAAAGGCCCGUCUUUACGCACCGCGAUUACUUGGUCAUCAGACUUGUCUUAUAGCCCAGCGGAACAGUAUUACCUCUAUAUUGACGUUAAGGAUGACAGUCUCUACAAUGCGAGCGUAUCGAUAUGACAACACUGGGGGCCUUGACCAACUUCGAUUACGAGAGGUCCCCAAGCCAGUUCUGGAACCUGGAGAAGCUUUAGUGAAAGUAAAAGCCAGCGGAGUCAAUCUGUCCGACGUGGUUGGAAUUUGCGGUUGGCUUCCAUUCGUCACGACGCCCAGAGUACCAGGUCGAGACUACGCCGGAAUAGUGGAGGCGGUACGAGAUCAGCAUGACGACCACUGGAUUGGCAGCGAGGUGUGGGGGACCGGGGGUAAUGUAGGUUUUACCGUUGACGGAUCAUGGGCAGAGUAUAUCAAGGUACCUGUGAAGGCUUUGAGUAAAAAGCCGACCAACCUCUCAUUUGCUGCAGGGGCAACGGUCGGUUUGCCUUGGCUAUGCGCCGAUCAGGCAGUGAACACCCUGGCGAGUGUUCGUAAGGACGAUGCCGUACUCAUCAUUGGCGCCCGCGGUGCAAUUGGGUCCGCCGCUGUCCAACUAUGUCGAUCUAUCGGCGUACAAGAGCUAUACGGCACAUUUUCCAGCAAGCCAUCGGAAUCCCCUGGCUUGAAGGCUAUCGAUCUGAGUGCUGCAGAUGGGUCCAACAUCGGUGCAUAUGCCGAUCUUUUAAAACGAACGGUAAAAAAAGUCAACGUUGUCAUCGAUGCAUACGGGUCAGACUUCGACGCCCAUCUACUCAACGCCUCCCUCGACGUCCUGACGCCAGGUGGACGAGUGGUUGUGAUGGCCGUGCACAGCAAGUCAGGAGUAUCGUGUCUCAAUCUCCGCAAGUUUUAUGCCAAGAGCCUCGUUUUAUAUGGAUUAAGUUCGGGACAAGUGACUCAGGAAAUGGGAGCACGGUUGCUCGAUAGACUUGCGCCUGGAUUUGAGACUGGAAUUUUCAGCAACGAGAGUAAGCCUAUGGCUCUGGUAAGGUUUUCCGAUGAACAAAAGGUACACGAUGGUCUCAAGGCCGUGUAUGAAAAGACGGGAAAGGAAAAAUACGUAGUGACAUUCGAUAGUGAGUAG